AUGCAAGCCCUUCUUAUCCUUUCGACCGUUUUCGCCGUCGUUUCUGCAAACUACGGUGGCUCUCAAAAUGGAUACAACGUCAGUUCAACUUUUCUCUUCUCAUUAUUUUUUGUUAUCCCGUUUUCAUCUUUUUGAAAGCAUUCCUAGCUGAUUUUCAAAAAUUUUCAAGUUUUGAAAAGUCACAUUUUUUCAGCACCCCACAUACGACCAAUUUUAUGGUUACUCCAACUACGAAAAUGAUUACGGUUAGAAUUGAAAGAUAGCGCUAAAAUAUUUCUGGAAAAUUCAGUGGAUUGCAACCACUUGAGAAACUUCAUUGUCACGGACAACGUCAACGGCAACAAGCCUCAGUCAACUUCGUCGGUCAAGCCUCACUUCAGGUUGAAGAAAUGAGACAUAAGUAAUUACUUCAAUGUGUCUAUAUUCUCAGGUACCUCUCCAACCUGAAGAACGACGACGACUUCGUAGUCAUCAGUUGUCCACGAGGAAACCUCUACGGCGUUCUUGCUCAGAGAAAUAACUUCAACUCCUUCACCUCUCCUCAAGUCGUCCCUAACACCUCCAUCCUUGCCCUCGGUGACAACGUCUCUGUUAUUCUCAAGUGUGACAAACGCGGAAAGUUCGUUAGAACCCUUUUAAAAAUUUCAUGGUUUUUUUUCUAGAGUUCACGGCAAAGACCUGGUCAAGCAAACUUCUCACACUGUCAGGAAAGUCACUUGCUUCAAGUUCACUCAAGGUGUGUUCAACUUUCAAAUGACUCAGGCUCUAAUUAAUUUUCAGCAAUCGCAGCCCAGUAUGGCAACCAAAACGUCGCCAAAUUCUUCCCAACUAUCUAG